AUGGUUGGUGGUCCAUUCGAGAUCCGUCUGAAGAGCAUGUCGUUGGCGUUCCUCCGCUGCUUCAACCUCGGCCUGCCGUCGCCGGCGCUCGGCCUCGUGCGCCAUGCCAGCAAGAAGUCGGGCGGUUCGACCAAGAACGGCCGCGACUCGAUGUCCAAGCGUCUCGGCGUCAAGAAGUUUGGCGGCGAAGCCGUCAUCGCGGGCAACAUCAUCAUCCGCCAGCGCGGGACCAAGUACCACCCGUCGACCGGCGUCGGCAUGGGCAAGGAUCACACCUUGUUCGCGACGCGCGACGGCUACGUGCGCUUCUGGUGGAACACGCCGCUGAAGCGCCAAGAGGUGUCGAUCAACCAGAACCGCGAGCGCCAGCGGCGAGUGGCGGUCCCGGCCUCGACCGACGCGUAA